AUGGCCAAGAAAGCAGCCGCCGCCGGUCAGGGCAACGCCCUGGUGAUCGUCGAAUCGCCCGCCAAGGCGAAGACGAUCGGCAAGUACCUCGGCAAGGGCUACACCGUCGAGGCCUCGGUGGGCCACGUCCGUGACCUGCCGCAGGGCGCCGCGCAGAUCCCCGCUAAGUAUAAAGGGGAGAAAUGGGCAAGCCUGGGGGUCAACGUCGAGAAGGACUUCGAGCCGAUCUACGUCGUCUCGCCCGGCAAGACCAAGCAGAUCAAGCUGCUCAAGGAUCAGCUGAAGAAAGCGGACACGCUUUAUCUGGCGACGGACGAAGACCGCGAAGGAGAGGUGCCGGUCCAUCGUCUGGUGUUCCAUGAGAUCACCCAGGACGCGAUCCAGGAGGCGAUCCGUUCGCCCCGCAGCGUCGAUACGGGCCUCGUCAAGGCACAGGAAACGCGCCGCAUCCUCGACCGCCUCUACGGUUACGAGGUCUCGCCGCUGUUAUGGCGCAAGGUGCGGCCGAAGCUGUCGGCGGGUCGCGUUCAGAGCGUCGCGGUGCGGUUGAUCGUCGAGCGUGAGCGUGAGCGGAUGCUGUUCGUCUCGUCCACGUGGUGGGACCUGCAAGCCGUCUUCACCAAGAAGAACGACUCCAAGCAGCGCCUCGAGACGACAAUCGUCUCGGUCGAUGGCAAGCGGCUGCCGAGUGGUAAGGACUUCGACGACCGCACCGGCGAGCUGAAGAACACGGCGAUGCUGCUGCUCGACGGCCCCGCCGCCGAGAAACUCGCCGAGAAGCUCCGCACCGGCGAGUUCCGCGUCGCCAGCGUCGAAGAGAAGCCGUACACCACGAAGCCGUACGCGCCGUUCACGACCAGCACGCUGCAGCAGGAAGCGAACCGCAAGCUCGGCUUCACCGCCCGGCGGACGAUGCAGGUGGCCCAGGCCCUCUACGAGAACGGCCACAUCACCUACAUGCGUACCGACUCGACGAACCUGUCGAAGCUGGCGGUUGAAGAGGCGCGGAACCUCGUCCGCAGCGAGUACGGCGAGAAGUACCUGCCCGGCGCGCCGCGCGUCUACAGCUCGAAGGUCAAGAACGCCCAAGAGGCUCACGAGGCGAUCCGCCCCGCGGGCACGCCGUUCGCGGUGCCUUCGGUGCUGAAGGCGCAGCUCGGCGCCGACGAGUUCAAGAUCUUCGACCUCGUCUGGAAGCGCACCAUUGCCAGCCAGAUGGAAGACUCCCGCGGGCGGCGGAUCGUCGUCACCAUCGAGGGUGAGGGCUGCGUCUUCACCGUCAGCGGCAAGACGAUCGACUUCCCGGGCUACCUCCGCGCGUACGUCGAAGGCUCCGACGACCCCGACGCCGAACUCGCGGACCAAGAGAAGGCGUUGCCGAGCGUCGAGGUGGGCGAGGCGCUCGACGUGGCGUCGAUGAUCGCCAAGGACCACACCACCCAGCCGCCAAGCCGGUUCAGCGAAGCGGCGCUGACCAAGGCGCUCGAAGAGAAGGGCAUCGGCCGGCCGAGUACCUACGCGUCGAUCAUUGAUACGAUCCUCGCGCGGAACUACGUCUUCAAGAAGGGCGGCGCGCUGGUGCCGACCUGGGUCGCGUUCUCGGUCGUGAAGCUUCUCGAAGACCACCUCACGGGCCUCGUGGACUAUCAGUUCACCGCCCAGAUGGAGGACGACCUCGACGCCAUCAGCCGCGGCGAGCGCGACAACCUCGACUACCUCAAGAACUUCUACUUCGGCAACGGCAAGCCGGGCCUCAAGCGGCAACUCGAGAACAAGGUUGAAGAGAUCGACGCCCGCUCGAUCAGCCGCAUCUCGCUCGGCAAGGCCGACGACGGCGAAGAGGUCUUCGUGCGCGUCGGCCGCUACUCGCCGUUCGUCGAGAAGGGCGAGCAGACCGCCUCGCUGCCAGACGAACUGCCUCCCGAUGAGGUAAAGCUCUCGUAC